CGGGCCGGGUCGAAUUCCACGGCGGAGCUCCACCCCAAAGAGUCGAUGAUGAUGGAUCCACCCCCAAUAUCGAUGAUGCCGCCCGCCAGCGUGAUGACCAGGCUCAUACUGAUCAUGGUGUGGAGGAAGCUCAUUCGGAAUCCCAACACUUACUCCAGCCUCCUUGGUCUCAUUUGGUCUCUCGUUUCCUUCAGGUGGGGGAUCGAAAUGCCGGCUAUUAUCGCCCGUUCCAUUGCGAUACUCUCCGACGCAGGGCUAGGCAUGGCUAUGUUCAGCCUCGGGCUGUUUAUGGCGUUGCAACCCAGGAUCAUCGCUUGUGGAAACUCAAUCGCUGCUUUUGCGAUGGCUGUUAGAUUUAUCACCGGGCCAGCUGUGAUGGCCGCGGCCUCCUUCGCUGUGGGGUUAAAAGGAGUUCUGUUGCAUAUUGCCGUUGUUCAGGCAGCUCUGCCCCAAGGAAUUGUUCCCUUCGUCUUUGCAAAGGAGUACAAUGUUCAUCCUGACAUUCUGAGCACAGGGGUUAUCUUUGGUAUGCUAAUAGCUCUCCCUGUCACUCUGGUUUACUACAUUCUCUUGGGACUCUGAAGAAAAAAAGCUUUGAGGGGUCUUCAGGAUGUGAUGCUACUUUUUCAUCUUUAAUUUGCUCGUCUGAUAGAAAUUAGGUGAAGAAUUUUUUUGGUAGAUUAAAUUACGUGAUGAAGCUUAACAUAGGCUAUUGGUGGACGGUGGUCAAAUUGUGGGCGGGGCGGGGUUAUAAAUGCUGUACUGAUUUUUGGCAUUGACGGAAAAUCUAACUCCGAUUAUCUAUUUAAUUGGAUUUAUUUAGUA